GUUAAUAAAUUAAUAAAGCACUUGUAGACUCAUUGACUCAAUGGCUGGUGUUGGUACAAGAGUUGUUCGUGGUCCUGAUUGGAAAUGGGGCAAGCAAGACGGAGGAGAGGGAAGAGUAGGCACACUGAGGAGCUACGAGACACACGAGGAGGUCAUGGUAAUAUGGGACGCGGGAACUGCCGCUAACUACAGGUGUGCGUCUCAUUUCGACCUCAGAAUUUUAGACAAUUCGAUCACAGGGGUCCAUCAUGAAACUUACUCUUGUAAUGGCUGCCAGUCUACUUCCAUAUAUGGCAUAAGAUGGGAGUGCAUGGAGUGCCCGACAAUCAAUCUCUGUUCCUUGUGUUACCAUGGCGACAAACACUCGCUGAGGCACCAGUUUUAUCGAAUUUCUACUCCGUCAUCUAAAAAGGUUAGUGUCCCUGUCCGUAAGAAGAGCAAGAAGAUAUCAUCAAGAGGAAUCUUCCCUGGGGCCAGGGUGGUGAGAGGGCUGGACUGGAAUUGGGACGAUCAAGAUGGUGGAGAAGGUCACAAAGGGAAAGUCACUAAAAUUGAGAGUUGGAAUGGUGCGUCCCCCCGGAGUGCCGCCUCUGUUGUCUGGGACCACGGAGUUGAGAACCUUUACCGUAUUGGAUUCGAGGGGAUGGUUGAUGUGAAGGUAGUGACUGAGGCAAAGGGUUAUACUUAUUAUCGUGAUCACUUACCUCUAGUUGGAGAAGAAAUUCAAGUUCCUGAAGGUUAUUAUGAAGUUGGUGAUAAUGUCUGUGUUGAUUCUGAUCCUGACACUGUACGAUACUUACAGCACGGGCAUGGAGGAUGGGCGGAGUCCAUGAGAGAGGUUAUUGGUGUGGUGGGCGUGAUCAGUGGCAUAGAUGACGAUGGAGACAUUGUUGUCCAGUAUCCGUCCGGCAGCCGUUGGACCUUUAACCCGGUCGCCCUCAAGAAAGCGACGGUGUCUCCCGUGGAAACCGGCCCCCAGAGGACCUCCCUCGGGUCCAUGAGACUCUCGGGUGGGUUUCUCGAUAAUUACUUGCCUGGGGACGUGGUAAAGGUCCAUAGUGAUAGAGAGUAUGUCAAGAGACAGCAGCAGGGACAUGGAGACUGGGUGGAGUCAAUGACCAUGACUUUGGGUCAGGUUGGGCGUGUGAUAGAGGUGAUUCAAUCUGGUGAUAUCAUUGCUGAAGUGUGCGGCACCAACUGGACCUUCUCACCAGCAGUACUGACCAGACUGGACACUGAGGGGGCACCUCUUACCCCUGGAACCAGCCAGAAUGUCAGUGUUAUGCUGCGUCAGGUUUUUGAGAGCCACCAAGCAUCCAAUCCGGUUGAAGAACUAUUCAAAGCAGCUGCCAGUGGAGACAUAGGGAGAGUGGAAGAAGUGUUGAGUCAAGGUCUUUGUACGGUAGAUGAGAGUUUCGAUGGACAGACUCCGCUUCAUAUUGCCUGUCAAAAUGGAUACCGCGACGUGGUGAGGUUCCUCAUUAACAAAGGAGCCAAUCCUGAAGAAGAGGAUAAAGACGGCGAUCAAGCGAUUCACUUUGCUACGAUUGGAGAUGAGCCGGACAUCAUAGAGCUCCUUGCGUCCCAUGGAGUUGAUCUUAACACUCGUAACAGACGCCAACAGACUCCUCUGCACAUUGCAGUCACCAAAGGAUACAACAUUGUCAUUGAGUGUCUCCUUAAGCACAACUGCCAUCCUAGCCUACAGGAUGCUGGAGGUGACACGCCCCUUCAUGAUGCAAUUAGUAAGAAACGGGACGACAUCACAGAGUUGCUUUUAGUGGGCGGGGCUGAUAUUACGGUAACCAAUAGCAACGGAUUUAAUUGUCUUCACCAUGCAUCACUAAGAGGUAAUAAAGACAAUCAACUUAUUAAUUAUUACAUGUACUUUGUACUGUAGCUCCUUGUUGAAGAAGAUGCCAAUGUUAACAUCCCUGAUCGCUAUGGUGACACUCCGUUACAUUGCGCAAUAAGACAGCACACGCUAACUCAAUUGAAAGAACUCAAGGAAUCUCCACAAGACGUCUCAAAGAUGCUGUCAAGUUCACAGAAAAAGACAAGUUCGUCUGUCGCCAUUUUUCUUGCUUCUCAUGGUGCUGAUUUCUCUUUGACCAAUUCAAGCAACCAGAGGCCACUUGAUCUCUGCUCUGAUCCCUCACUUAUAAAGACUUUACAAAAAUGUCAGGAAGAACAUCAUUCCAAAGAAAAUGGUGCUAGUGAUGUUCAUAUUAAUAAAUGCAUGAAGUGUCACUCUUUGGAUAGAGAUGUGCUCUUCAGUCCCUGUGGUCACAUUGCUGUUUGUUCAAUAUGUUCAGCAGGAGUCACCUCCUGCUCACUCUGUGAUGCUACUAUCACCAGUAAAACAAAGAUUGAUGAGUGUCUUGUUUGCUCCCAGAGACUGGCCGACGUAUUGUUCAAGCCUUGUUUACACAUGGUAGCGUGUGAAAGUUGUGCUAUAGUUAUGAAGAAAUGUGUCCAUUGCAGAGCUCAAGUUGACGAGACAGUCUCGAGAAUUGUCUGUCAGGGAGGGAAGGCUACAAAGAGGAAGAGUUUUAGUAAAGUGGGCGUGGUCAGUCCCGAGCCUCCGAGCAAUCUUAGUGCAUUGCAGCAACAGCUGCAAGUGCUCAGAGAAAAAAAUCUCUGUGCUGUUUGUAUGGAUCGUCGUAAGAAUUGUGUGUUUCUUUGUGGUCAUGGAACGUGUCAGCUGUGCGCCGAUAAACUCACCGAGUGCCCAAUCUGUCGGAAACCAGUGGAAAAGAAGAUCAUUACAUUUGACUAAGUCUCUCUCUCUCUCUCUGCUCCUAAUCAUACCCAAUCAUCAUACAUGGAUCAAUCUCUGCUGCUUUAGCAUGACUGUGUCUUAGCUAUAGGCAGCCUCUUAAUUUUAUUGUACAUUCAAUUUUAUUUUUUUGUUUUGUGUGACUGACUUUUUGUCAUAGGGGUUAAUUGUACCGACUAGCCA